ACUGUCACACUGGUGUUAUAUGUAUUUCUAAUUUCUGUGCUGAAAAUUUACAAAAAUUUGAUUCUGUAUUUUGAAGCAAAUAAAUAAAAAGUGCAUGUGCAAGCGAGCCGAGCCUCGUCACCAUACUUAGUUAUUAUUAGCGUCGUGCCACCGAUUCGCAAAAGCCCAAGCGGGAAUCGAACGUUCUCUAAAACCAUAAUAGGGCGGGAGGCGUAGAAGAAGCAGAAGCCAGACAGUUGAAUUAACAAGGUAAGUUAAGGUAACAGAAAAUCAAUCAUCACGUAACAGCGGUGACCAGAGACAAAAUCGAGUUUCUGCCUUGAGGACACUAUGUCCGAAGCCAUGAGCGCUCCUCCGCCCUUGAUACCCCAGCUGCAGGAAAUGCAGCAACAGCAGCAGCAGCAGCACCAGCAGCAGGCCAAUUCCGCAGCCCAGCAGUGGACCAACUACGCGUGGUACGCCAAUCAAAAUGCAGCCGCCUACCAGCAGCAGUACCAGCAGUACUACCAGUACUAUAUGCGGUACCAGCAGCAGCAGCAACAGGUAACCUCAACGAUAAGUUCAUCAAAUGCGCCACCCGGAUUUAGCAACGCCUUGGCGGCGCCACCACCACCACCCCUGGGACCUCCUCCACCACCACCCAAAUCCACUCAACCAAUAAACAACAAGUUGCAGCAUCAGCAGCAGCAGCAGCAGCAACAGCAGCAGCAGCAGCAAAAGAAUUUCGGAGGGAUCCGUUUUAAUUUGAAUUUAAAUCAAAAACGUUUGGCGAAUGCACCAAAUCCUCUGCAGCAGCAACAACAGCAGCAACAACAGCAGCAGCAACAACAACAACAACAACAGCUGAUUCAGCAGCAACAACAGAUUCAUCAGCAGUCGAACCAAUUGUUCAACAACAAUAGCAACAUAAAUAACGUUAACAACAACAACAACAACAACAACAAGAAGAAGCGGAAGCGAAACAACAAGAACAAAAACCCCAGCUUCGAUCCAAAUACAUACAAUAAUCCGUUUAACACUAUAGCCACGCCCAUAGCACCACCGCCGCCAAUUAUCAGCGAUGUGGUGGUGCCCAGUACACCAGAUCUAAGCAAGCCACCCCCGCCCCUGCCCCAGGCUCUUCCCGUCAUUGUUGAGACCACGCCACCGGAGCCAAAGAGCUGCUCCUCUCCAGCUGCUCCUGCAGCGUUUAAGCGACCCAACAGCUUCCAGAUGGCCUCCAAUGACUCCUGGCCAGACUCGUUGAAUCAAUAUGUGGCGCGAUGCUACUCCAAAUGCAACACGGACUUGGAUAAGGAUCAGAUAGACAUUUGUCUGAAGGGGAAGAUCAUGGCAGCGGCCAAUCGAAAUGAGUUGUGGACCAGAGACUGGGACAACGAGCCAAUGCCGACGGUGCACAGCGAGAGAGACGGCAUCGAGGUGGUGCUGAACCACGCAACUCCGCCACAGCCCGAAAGGAGCAAUUACUUUAACAAAAAACGUGAGCUAGAGCAGGAGCGGGAAAGAGACCGGGAGCAGGAGCAGGAGAAGCCAUCCAAGUCGCCGAGUGUUAAUCAAUUCAAGCAAAGGGGGAAUCAAUUCAAUAAAAUGUCAACCAAUUACGGCCAUCAUCAGUCGUCGUCGCGUUAUUCCAGGAGUCGUUCGCGGUCCCCAACAUCUUCGACCUCAUCGAAAUACACUCACAAGAAACGUUAUUCGCGCUCUCAUUCGCGUUCCCGUUCGGGUUCCCGCAGCAGCGAUGCUGGCAGUCCGCCGGCGCGUAAAGUUCCGCGUAAAUCGGGUUCCAACGAAUCUAUGGAUUUUAUAUCCUUAAACGCGAACCUCUCCCGUAAGCAGCAGAAAAUGUUAAUGAAGAAAAGCAAAAGACUCGCGGCAGCGGCGGCAGCGGCAGCGGGAUCCACCGCAUCGCAUCCUGGCCAUUCCAAGAAAAAGCCGCACUUCUAUUCGAAACAGUCGUCCGUAGGUGGGGCCGUUGAUGAUGACACAGCGCGCUUGCAACAGCGUGCGGCACGUUUCUCGCAGCAGGGCUCCGGCUCGGCUAAGAAAUCUGUCGUCGCCAUUGCAAGUUCGCCAUUUGGUCUCACCACGGCCAAGAACCGGAAGAAAAUGAUGCAGCAACAGCACCAGCAUCAGCAGCAGCAUCGUUCUGCCUUCUACGAGGACUUGGACCCGUCUAGCAGUUUAGAUUUGCUCGAUUUGCACAUUGUAGGAACGUGUAGGGAUUUAGAGAAAUCGUUUUUGCGCCUUACAAAGGCACCAUCCCCCUCGGAAGUGCGACCCGUCGAAGUCCUUACCCAUUCGCUGUCCAAUGUGAAGAGCAAGUGGCGUGCCAAUCAGGAUUAUCAUUAUGCGUGUGAUCAGUUGAAGUCCCUGAGGCAGGAUCUAACUGUGCAAGGUAUUCGCGAUCAGUUCACUGUUGAGGUAUAUGAGACCCAUGCACGUAUUGCCAUGGAGAAGGGCGACCACGAGGAAUUCAACCAGUGCCAGACGCAACUGAAGAUGCUCUACACCGAGCUGGGUGGCCAAAGCCCCAAUUCCUUGGAGUUUACGGCAUAUCGCAUACUUUACUACAUAUUUACAAAGAAUACCUUGGACAUUACGACUGUCCUGCGAUCGAUAUCAGCUGAUCAGCGCGUGAAUCCUGCCAUUGAGCAUGCCUUGCAAUUCCGCUCGGCCUGGUCGUUGGGCAACUAUUGCAAGUUGUUUUCUCUAUAUAAGACAGCGCCCCUCAUGUCGGGCCACAUGAUUGAAUGGUUUUUGGAACGAGAACGCAAGGCCGCUCUGCGUGUCAUCAUUAAAUCCUAUCGUCCCAGCAUUAGCGUCGAAUAUGUUAGCAAUAUUUUGGCCUUUGAUAACAUUGAAAAGUGCAAAGAAUGGCUUGAUACGUUCAGUUUGCCUUAUGCCGCAAACGGUGCCCAAAUUGAUUGCAAAAACGCUGCUGCCAUUUCAAUUUGAAGCAAUCCCAAACCCAUCUCUAGGAAAACACAUUUACCCUUUGUACCUACCAUUUCCGAAAUUCUCGGAGACAGGUACUCGUUUUAGGAACGCGAAAUCCCCGCCCCUGUUCGCCUGUAACCAAUUUGUAAAUAUUUUAGGUACCUUUGGUGCUCGCGUUACCCAGAAAGUUUUAUUUUCAAACAAUUCUGACCCUUACCCUGAACAAGCGCCCCAACAAUUUCGAUCUACGAAUUAGUAGAAACUACCUCAAAACUAUCGGUAUAUGAAAGAGCAAUAAUUCACCAAGCGACAACACUGAGGACACGGAAUUUUCGUAUCUAAAUCAUGUAAUCAUCUAUGUAACUCGAUAAGGAACUGCAUCCACGAGCAUGGGAGAACAAAAAUUGGAAACUGUAUUGAUUGGGAAUUCAUCUGCCCGAAACUUGCAUGCGAUUCUUCCUGGAAGGAUGAUGAUUUCGGAGCAUGGCGUAGUUCGUCGUAUGGAAUUAACUUUGUCAUUCAUUCCUUGGAGUUGGAAUUGGACUUGGAAUUGGAUUGAAUGAACAUCACCUAUUUUCCAGCUUUUCAUAGUUGGUCUGCAAAAAGUUUCUGAUUGAAAUAUUGCAGAAAACAAAUUAUUCAAUCGACGGCUACGGCUGCAGAAGUGAAGCUGGCUCAAGGUCUACGGCUCCGCUCUACUAAUAUCACAAGGAGAACAGCGUGAAGCCAGCGUGCUGUUUGCUGAAAACAACUUUUGGUUUCUCUGUUUUUUAUCCUCUCAUUUUUUUUAUACCCUUUUACCCCCUUUCACUUGAUUUUUAAACUAAUAUUAAGGCUUAGGCUUAAUGUUUGUUGUCUUCUUUAAAUUAUUGAAACGGUUUUAUACUAAUGUCUUGUCUCUCUAUUGUAUACCUGAAUAUAUAUACAACCAUCAUCACCACAACUACCAACAGUACCAGUAACAGAACCAGAACCAGAACCAGAUCAACCUGCAACAACGAUGCAACAAACAACAGCCCCAACCAAUGCCGCAACCAAAUCGCUUCGGAAUCGGAUCUGGCCCGUCUUUCCAGUCAUCCAGCAAUCAUCCAUCCAUUCAAGAGACGUCAUCAUGUUUGUGCGCCAUUUGUAAGCUCUUCCAAUUUUAAUUCGUGUCAUUCAUUGUUAACCAAAGUGGAUCUAUGGGGUGGCCCAUAAGGAAUUGGCUAAAAUUAUUAAAUUAAAUUAAAUUAUUUUUACACUGGGGGAAAGUUGAAAAAAAAUAAUGCUACACUGUGUGGUAUAAAUUGUACAAUAGAUUAGUGCUAAUGCUAUAUUCUUAAGCUAAGUUUACCUGUUACAUUUAUUUUUAACCUCCAAGAUGUUUGGAAAAAAGAUGGGAGAACAAUUCAAGAUAUUCGAAUGAAUCUUUCCACAGUUCCGGCACAAGAUGCGAGCCCGUUGAACUAAAACCCCGCUUCUAAAGAAUAAACAGAGAAAAACAAAGCAA